AAGCACGAAUAGCACUGCAAUAGUCAGUCUAGAUUGCACUAAACCACGGACUGCUAUGGGGCAAGUAGGAGUAUAAAAGGCACUUCCCCUUGGCCUUUAUUCUUCCAAUCUGUUCGAUGUUAGACUGGUAGGGAGCAGGUUCCAAUAGCGCUAUGAAAGGAGUUACGAAACCCAGAGGUCCUACUUUCCAAUAGACAUGAUAGAAUCAAUUGAGCGUGUGGACAUCUAGACGACUGGGUGCAAGCAGCAGGACUAAGAAAAGACCACCAAGUCCCGCUGAAAUUAGAGAGAAGAUGUUAGAAAAUGAACGUGAAGAGAACAUUUUAGCAGUAACGCGAGGAAACUAUCAGGUUGACUGGAUGGAGGAAUGGCAGAACCAAAUCCAAGAUUACGAUUUUGCUCCUCCCUUUGUCCAACCUGGCGAACUCCUUCCCGGUCUGACUGUCAAGGAUAUCAUCAGCGCCAUAGGAACUAGCUGGCACGCCAAGGACAUCCUAGAAGUCUACGGAAUCCUCUGCCGAGACAUCGCCCCGAGCCUAGUGGUGCCCCUCGGGGGACCAGGUAUCUUUCAGAGGGUAUGCGAUCCUAUCUUUGAUGCCCUGAACACCAACAGUCGGGUCGAUGGCGUCGCAAUCUGCAAUGCGGUGUAUACCCCUCUUGUAGGCCCCUACAGACGUAGACGAAGAAUGGCCCCUGGCAUGUCCCUCAUGGGGUUGGGCAUCGUUAGGGACUUCAAUUUUGAGGCAGUACUGCAUGAGAUCAGCGACCGAGUUUUCGAUCUCCACAGCUACGACCAGGAAUCCGUAUGCAACGCCGUUGACGGAUUCCUCAACUCCGGUUUGACCAUCCAGGCUGUACUCGAAAGCGUUGGCGAGAUCUUCCUGGCCGAAGGCAUCGGCCAGGGAUCACAGAUCUGUCACUUCUGGGACGAGAUUUACGACAAUCUCCGCCAGGCCGACGAGCAAACACCCGAUGAGCCGCCAUUCUUCCAGACCCUCAUGGAGGACGUGUCGCAACUUAUAGCUGAGUUCAGCGGGUUUGAAGAUCGUGAAUCCCUUUGCGAUGCAAUAACAGAAGCAGCAGCAGAUCCUCGAGCUCAGCAGGUUCCUCAGGCACCCUUCAGAAACUCAAGAAUCUCCUCUCUCGCCGACACCAUCUUACAUAAUAUGAUGGAUACGCUCAUCAUUGACGACCAGUGUACCCAGUUCGGCAAUGAUGUCAUCGACCUCAUCGUCAACCUCAGCCCUUACAUCGACCAUCGAAUCAUCCAAAUGGGUAUCCAGAUGAUUUUCGACAUGCAGUCAAUUGAAGAAGCGUGUGCCUUUAUCGAUGACGAGUUGGCAUUCCCAGGGUGUGCUGCCGGCCCAUGUGCUAAUGGUGGAAGAUGCACAGAAUUCCAGGAUGCCUUCAGCGAGUCUUUCCGUUGUGACUGUCUUUCGGGAUACACUGGAACCGACUGCGGAAUAAUGAUCAGUCCAGCUAUUCCAGCGCCGUGCUACAGCAGCCCCUGUCAAAACGGAGGGACCUGUAUGAACCACAGGGACACAUAUUAUUGUACUUGUAUGGUUGGCUAUUACGGCGCCAACUGCGAGUACAAUUAAAUGCCUCAGAGUUCUCCGCAUCCUGUGCAUAAUGACUUUGAUGUCUGACCAACUUGAAUCCAGAAGCAACAAUUAUCUUCAAAUAGUUCAUCAACGUAAAGAUAAAAUCUUCUAUGAGAAAUUAUUAUUGUUAGAAUUAGUCGUAAAAAUUAUUGGUUACAUUUGGGGAACUUUGGAAUCCUGACGAAUAGGCUUAUAUUGUGAAAAACUUGUUUUGUAAUACCAUACCAUAUUGCACGGGCGAAUGAAAAUUGAUCAUUAAAGAUAAUGCUGAUUUGAUUAAAUUGUUUUUCUUUAUGGAUUAAACGAUAGACGUAUUCCACAUGCGUGACAUGUUAGGGCAAAUGACUAUGAAUAUUUCCGGAGUCCCAAUCUGAGCCAUACAAUAUCAUGAAUAUCAUCCUAUAAGGCAGUAAAGAAGUAUACUCAGUUGUAUCAUUAAUGAUGGAUAUAAACAUUAAUCUAUGUAUGAGUCUGGAAAUCAUGUAGGAAAAAAAUUUAAUGUUUUUUUUUUUGUAAUCGAGUAUCAACAUAUAUUUGUUUUUAUUUUGUUAUUCCCUCUUCAACAACUGAACAAGAAUUCCGUUACGAGAUCGCGAAAAUGUUAUACAUAACAAAUGCUAAUUUGAAUAAAAUAACGUAGUAUUAAAAGAAGGCGUCAUGGCAUCUGUUAUGAUAAAUCUGUUUCCGUUAUGGUAACUCCCGUGGGAACUCGAUAUGACAUCAUUCUGCUGGUGUAACCAUGGCAACGCCAAGCUGGUAUAACAAAUUACAUAGGUAACAUUUUACGUCUAUUUUUAUCAGGCAUAGUAGCUGAAUAUUGAAGACGGAAAUUACUCUCGGGUCUAGUAUAUUAAAGUCGAGACAAUAGCAGAGCGGGGGUUCGAACUCACAACCUCACGAUCAUGAGUCCAACGCUCUAACCUCUAGACCACACGACCCGCUAACAUUGAGAGACGACACGCACAUCAUUAUAGUCCUUUUUUUUUGUCAAGAAUGGUGAAUGCGGCAUAUACCAUGUAUACCGUAAAGCAGGGUACUAUAUGUUAUAUAUAUUUUUUUCUAUUUAUUUGUGUUAUUGGGGGAGGGGCGUUUCCUAUACCCUAUUGUACCAGUAUUUAAAGGCCGUUGAUCUGGACGUAUUCCUCACCUACAUACACAUUUUUUCUACAUGAUUUAUCAAGGACUUCAUUCAAAAGAUUUACAUGAACUCAAGAUAGAUACAAAAUUUACAAAUCUCCAUUUUUAAUCAACAAGAAUAUACAAAAUAUUUACCAAAACAACUGAUUUUAGAAGCAAAUAAUGAUCGAAUGAAAUGCCCUAAAAUAUACUUUUUACCUAAAAAAAAUUAACUAAACUAAGCCCCGACCCUCUAUGUAACUUAAUAAUAAUUAAUAUUGAUUGAACACACACACACACCCUUACACACAAACCCCUUCACAAACCCCACCCUAAAGCAAUAUACCUUUUUUCCCAAUAUCAACGUGGGUUUCAUUGUCUGUUGAUUGAAAUAAGAGUUGUAAAUUGAGCGCUUGAUUUGAAUAAAAUAUUUAUAUAAUUGGAAAUUC